AUGGUCAACAGUUUCUCGAUAAGUUCACUGUAUGAUGCGCCAUUCAAUAUUUGCGCCAGGGCGUUCUUCCUCAGAUACCCAAAUCCAUAUGCUGGGCAUAUCGUCAGCGUUGAUGUACUGAGUAGGGAGAUUACGCCAGACAAGAAGCUUAAAAGUGUUAGACUAAUACUCAAACGGGGUCAACUGCCGAAAUGGCUUCCGAAGAAUCUGGUCGAAAAGGCAGAAAGCUGGGUUUUGGAGGAAAGCAUUAUCGAUCCAUUGAAUAAGCGAUUAAAUAGCAAAUCCUACAAUGUAGAUCACAUAAAACUCAUGCGCUUGAUUGAAGAAGCCAGUUUCACAGCUGAGAAGACAAACACCACACGACAUGAGACAACGGCAACGGUAAUUAGUAACAUUGGUACAACCGUAUCGAAAAUUACACGAUAA